CCUGCGGGCGGAAGUGGAAGAGUCGACUGGGUUCACGCUGCUGUGUUGAAGGCAGACAGCGGAGCGCGGUCCGGGCGCUGCAGUAGCCGCCCAGCACUCAACUGCCUUCAGCAGUCAUUCGGUUUCUAGCGUUUAGAAAGCUGCGAUUUCGGUGUACUCGUCGAUCGAGUAGGUGCUGAACGCGCUCGCUGUCGGCGCCAUUACUUUCCCCCGGGCAGCGCACUGAAGCCGAGCGCUCAGCUAAAUGCUGCUGGUUAGCAGCUGGAGAGUGUAAUAUGAAUUUCAGGCAACGCAGUCGGAGCUGCAGCGCCAAUCAGCAAGGCAUCGGUGUGACGCUGAUGCGCGGUGAUCAUUAGCCAAACUGAACUCAUCCUGAUUACCGGGCUGUCAGGAAUCAACCCUCGAGGGAAGCAGAUAUUCUCAGCGUAGAAUGAUAACAUUAUUUAGCGUUACGGGUUUAUUCUUCCUCCGAACACCGCGGAUGUGAGCAUCGGCUAGUCGGUUAAAAGCAGGCGACAUCACCAGCUAGCCUGUUAGCUACCUAGCUUUCUGACUUCCCCCAAACUUUUUGUACAGGUUUGUUUUGCUUGACUAACUGCUGCUCGAUCUGAAAUUCAGAUUGUUCAUGCUCACAUGAUCCACCAUCCUCUACAGCAUCUACAACAGCUUCUUAUUCCUGUAUUUCAUCGGAGCAGGGACCUGCUGGAUUUUCUGGCCUAACUUGAAACCGAGUUUCAGUCUUUCAAGUUAGAAAUCAUCUUUUUUUAUUCAACUAACCAAGCUCUUUUAUUUGAUCUGUCAAUUACAUACACAAAUUACAGUAUCGAUUCCGUUUUUAUUGUACGGUACUCCUGGAAAAAUCAACAAUAACAACACAUUAGCAUGCUUGCUAACUAGGUUGAAUACUUAGUUAGCCUGCUGCAGUUAUUUGUUAAGGUUACUAGUUAGCUGACUAGCAAACCGCGCGUUUAAUAGAAGAAAGGAGUCUGCUAUUUAUCGUCUGAUUUCAGAGGGAAAAAGGGAAACUUCAUGAGCAGGGUAAAGCAGCUCAGUAUGACCUGACUAGCCCGGAUCUGCAGCCUGGCUGUGCAAGCUCGCUAGCUGAUCUGGCAGUGGACUUCGGACAGAAAAAAAAACAACACAGAUGUCACUUUUGAUUGAAUUUUUUAGAGCCGUGAACUCGUAAACAAUUUGAAGAUUGAAGAUGACAACGCGGACUCCGAUGUUAUCAGUCAUCGAGCAUUCAUCUAGCCAGGCUCACACCGACUCUAAGGCCGGUGGUCGAUCCAACAUGCCCCGUGGCCGCAACUCGCUGGCCACUGCAGCUGACGAGCAGCCGCACAUUGGUAAAUACCGGCUGCUGAAGACCAUCGGAAAGGGAAAUUUCGCAAAGGUCAAACUGGCUCGGCAUGUUCUCACUGGCAAAGAGGUGGCUGUAAAAAUCAUAGACAAGACUCAGCUCAACUCCUCCAGUCUCCAGAAGCUCUUUCGGGAAGUGAGGAUCAUGAAGCUGUUGAAUCACCCAAAUAUCGUGAAAUUGUUUGAGGUGAUAGAAACCGAGAAGACACUUUACCUGGUUAUGGAGUACGCCAGUGGAGGAGAGGUGUUUGAUUACCUCGUUGCCCAUGGCAGAAUGAAAGAGAAAGAAGCCAGAGCCAAAUUCAGACAGAUUGUGUCAGCAGUGCAGUACUGUCACCAGAAGUGCAUCGUUCAUAGAGACCUUAAGGCUGAAAACCUGCUUCUGGACGCAGACAUGAACAUAAAGAUAGCUGAUUUUGGCUUCAGUAACGAGUUCACUCUGGGCAACAAGCUGGACACGUUUUGUGGCAGCCCUCCAUAUGCGGCUCCAGAGCUCUUCCAGGGAAAGAAGUACGAUGGGCCAGAAGUGGACGUGUGGAGUUUGGGAGUCAUCCUGUACACACUGGUCAGCGGCUCGCUGCCUUUUGAUGGACAGAACCUGAAGGAGCUGCGCGAACGUGUUUUAAGAGGGAAGUACCGAAUCCCGUUCUACAUGUCCACGGACUGUGAGAACUUGCUGAAGAAAUUUCUUAUUCUCAACCCCACCAAGAGAGGAAGCCUUGAGCAGCAGAUCAUGAAGGACAGGUGGAUGAAUGUGGGCUAUGAUGAGGAGGAGCUGAUGCCUUACAUUGAGCCGCAGCCCGACUACAAGGACCCCAAGAGGACAGGUCAGCACCCCGGCAGUGCAGGGGGUUGGAAGAGAGAUAUCAUGCUACAAAUGGGAUACGCUCAAGAUGAGAUCCAAGACUCCCUUGUCAACCAGAAGUAUGAUGAAAUCAUGGCAACUUACCUAUUACUGGACUAUAGGAAUUCAGAGCUGGACGAACUCUCAAUAAAACCCCGCCCAAGCAUUGACCUCACAAACAAUGCCCAAUCACCUUCUCACAAGGUACAACGCAGUACCUCCAACCAGAAGCCGCGCCGAUCCGCAGACCAAAGUUUGUCUGUGUCGGUUAAGCGCUCUCAGGGCGACAGUAAGCACAUCGCUGAAGACUACGGGAGGAAAAGCUCAGGCAGCUCCGCUAAAGUUCCUCCGAGCCCGCUGACUACAGCCGACCGAAAGAAAACCCCGACCCCGUCCACCAACAGCAUCCUUUCAACUGGUACGAGUCGUGGGAGAAGCUCUCCUGUUCCUGAGAGAUCUACUCUGGGUGUACAGAAUGGCAAGGACAGCUUGAGCACACCAGGGUCCCGCGCCUCUACCGCCUCGGCAGCUGCUGUUCUAACUUCCUCUUCUUCUUCCCGCCCCCGCCACCACAAGUCCCUGUCCACAUCGGCCCACCCCAACUCCCCAGACCUCCAUGCACAUCGGCCCAGCACUGUUCCACAAAGAGUUCCAGUGGUGUCUCCCUCAACCAACAACAUAAGCAACUCCACGGUAGCAGACCGCACCAACUUCCCCAGAGGGGUGACGAGCAGAAGCACUUUCCACGCAGGCCAACAGAGAGCCUCACGCGACCAGCACGCCUCAACCUACAACGGGCCCCCAGCCUCCCCAUCGCUCUCUCACGGGAACAGCCAGGUCCGUCGCACUGGUACUGGCAUCUUCAGCAAAUUCACCUCCAAAUUUGUGCGCAGAAAUCUCUCAUUCAGAUUCCCCAGAAGGAGUCCGUAUGAGGGAGAGGGUCGAGAUGAGGCCAGCAGACCCAUGUUGAGCACUGCAGAAAAGCUGGAGAAAGGCACCCAGGGAUCAGCGGGGGAUGAGAACAGGGACUCAGUGUCAUCCUCCUCUCCUGUGUCCAGCACGCCCUCGUCCACCCAGUCCUCCAAGGACAUCAAGCCGCGUUCGCUGCGCUUCACCUGGAGCAUGAAGACCACUUCGUCCAUGGAGCCCAACGAGAUGAUGAAGGAGAUCCGGAAAGUUCUGGACUCCAACAGCUGCGAUUAUGAGCUACGCGAGCGUUUCAUGCUGCUCUGCAAGUCAGGGAAUCCUUCACGUGAUGACUUCGUUCAGUGGGAGAUGGAGGUGUGCAAGCUGCCCCGCCUCUCCCUCAAUGGCGUGCGCUUCAAACGCAUCUCGGGCACCUCCAUCGCCUUCAAGAACAUCGCCUCCAAGAUUGCCAACGAGCUUAAGCUGUGAGCGUUGAAACAUGAUUUGGGGAUGAAGCCAAUACCGAAUUGUGGCAGAUGUGAGAGCUGUAGCCCAGAUGUGCGUUAGGAGAAGACGGACAAAGUGGCGCCAUCAGAAGCGGGGACAGUGAAGAGUUUAAAGACUGUAAAUGAAGCAGGAUGGAUAGCACAGUUUGGUGGGGGAGGUUGGUGUGUGUGUGUAUAGAUGUUUUGAGGGCCGCCUUGAUUUUCUUUUUUUCUUUCUUUCUUUUUUUUUUUUUUUUUUUUUUUUUUUGUGGGAGGUGUUUCCUUGGUUUGGGUUUUCUGUCCCCACAUCACCCCCCACCCCCACCUGUAUUUUGUUGUCAUAUUUUAUUUGUGGCGAUUUUGUUUUGUUUCUAGUUUUGUGGUUUCUCCUUGCUCCUCAGUCAUUGUCUGUUUAAACAGUAUAGUGAUGGAGGAAGUUUAUGUAAUUAUUGAACUGAAAAAGUGUUUGCUGGUGAAUCUUAUACUACAAACUCGAACCAGCAACUGUCUCAACACGCUGUAAUCCCCCGUCCCCCAGGUUACUUGAUUUUCUUACUUCCAAUUUCAAAUUACUGUUUAUGAACAGAGAGGUAGAUUGGUGGUUUUGACACUGAAUGUACAGCACGCUUAGUGAUGAGUAACUGAGACUGAAGUACAACGCACAUUUAGUAGAGCCAUAGUGAAAUUUGAAUAUUCACACAUCUUGCUGUGGUUCAUAUUCUCAGCCUCCACUCAUGUGUACAUCACAGUAACGUGUCUUAUCUGAUCUGAUACGGAAGUGCAGACUUGAACCCUCAGUGCUCUGGAGGUGAAUCACCUCUCUGCACUCUAAGCCCAGACAAUUAGGUUUUUUUUUUUUUCCUCUUCCUGCUGCACGGGUCAUAUGUCCAAAACUAAUUAAGGGCCAAUUAAGUAAUUAUUGGUGGAUUGUAGUGUAAUUAAGAGUUGCUGGUUGGUUUCAAUGUGCUGCACUGGAAUGAGUCUGUGUUUUGUUGCCUUUUUUCUGGAGAAGAUUAUAUUAUAAGAAUAAAAAAGUUGGAUGA